AUGGAGGAUAUGCUUUCAAGAAUAUUGAAAAAGGUGGAGUCAAUCGAUUCAUUUUGCAAAGAGACAAGGGAUGAAAUGAAAAGCUUGGGGAAAGUUGUAGGUUCUCACUUAAAUUCCAUCAAGCAAUUGGAAUCGCAACGUGGCCAAAUCUCGGCUACUCUAAACCAAAGACAAAAGGGCACACUCCCUGGUGAUACAGUUCCAAAUCCAAAGAAUGAUAGUGAUCAUAAAUGUCAUCCAAUCACUACUAGGAGUGGCAAGACAAUUGGUGGAGAGACAUCGGUGAAAGACAAUGUGGUGGUUGACGUGGCAGAAAAGGAUGAAGCUUCAAAAGGGAAGGAAGCGAUAGAGGAGGUGCCGAGGGCUUUACCGCCCGUUCCAAAGCCUCCUCCUCCAUUUCCUCAACGAUUGGCUAAGAAAGAGGAAGAUGGUAAUUUUCUCAAGUUUAUUGAGAGAUUGAAAGGACUUUCAAUACACAUCCCUUUGGUGGAAGCACUUGAACAAAUGCCCGGUUAUGCAAAAUUCAUGAAAGACCUUGUGACCAAGGGGAGACAUGCUAGUUUUGAAAAGAUGGGAGUUACACAUCAUUGCUGCUCCAUUGUGACAAAAGCCUUGGUUCAAAAGAAGGAAGACCCGGGAGCUUUCACCAUUCCUUGCACUAUUGGGAUGUACAAAUUUUCCAAAGCAUUAUGUGAUCUUGGAGCAAGCAUCAGCUUGAUGCUGCUUGCUAUCUUUAACAAGUUGGGUUUGGCCACUCCCAGGCCUACAAUAAUGAGGUUGCUAAUGGUGGAUAGAACCGUGAAGAAAUCGGUUGGUAUCCUUUAUGAUGUGCUUAUGUAG